CUAAGAUUGCUGAUUUCUCUGGAAUAAAUGUUUUGUUAUGGAAGAAAAUGGUGAACAUAUGUUGCUGCUGCUUCUGCUGCAUGGAAGAAGAGCCUAAAUCCAUCUUACCAGCCCCAUGAUUCUUCCCCCUUUUCAAAAUUUUGCAUCUCUGGUAAGGAGUCGCGGAUUUCGAUUGUUUAGAGGAAAAGGGAUCGAUUUUUCCAUUUCGGAAUUUGAAAUUUAUCUCUUCGAAGAAAUUGAUUAGUGUAUAUAGGUUAGGGUUUUAUCUAUGGGGACUCGAACCAUGGGAUCGCAUGGUGGUGGUGGUGGAAAUGGUGGAACCCAACAUCCUAAAUCCAACGGAUUGUCAAAACAAGGCCCUUUGUAUAACCUAACAUUGGAUGAGGUUCAACAACAAUUAGGGGAUUUAGGGAAACCUUUGAGUAGUAUGAAUCUCGAUGAGCUUCUCAAGAAUGUUUGGAGUGCUGAAGCUGAAUCUAAUCAAGGGCCUGUACAUCAACACACAUCAUCCAUGCCAGAUCUUAGCAAGAAAACAGUUGAUGAGCUAUGGCAAGAUAUCCAAAAGAAGAAGAAUACUACUCAUAGUAGCGUUAGUAAUGAUAACAAUCUUGAAAGGAAAAGUACCCGAGAGAAACAACCAACUCUUGGUGAGAUGACAUUGGAGGAUUUCUUGGCCAAAGCAGGGAUUGUUGCAGAAUCUUCUCAUGAGAAGAAGAAGAAUCCAGUUUCUGUUGCAGGAGUUGAAUCAAUUGCAUUGCCCCAACAAAAUAUCAAUCCACAACAAGCACAAUGGAUGCAGCAGUAUCAGAUCCAGCCAAUUCAACAGCAGCCACAACAUGUGUUUAUGCCAGGUCAUCAUCAAGUUCAACAGCCACUUCCUAUGGAGACUGCUUAUUCUGAGACUCAGAUGACAAUGUCUCCAUUGAUGGGGACUCUUUCUGAUACACAAAUUCCUGGCAAGAAAAGAGCUGCAUCUGGAGAUGUGAUGGAGAAGACUGUGGAAAGAAGGCAAAAAAGAAUGAUCAAGAACAGGGAAUCUGCUGCACGUUCACGAGCAAGAAAACAGGCUUAUACCCAUGAACUGGAGAACAAAGUUUCACGUUUGGAAGAGGAAAAUGAAAGACUCAGAAGAGAGCAGGAGGCAGAGAACGUUUUGCCAUGUGUACCUCCUCCUGAACCAAAGUAUCAACUCAGAAGAACAACCUCAGCUUCUUUCUAACACUCUUCAUGUCAAACAUUAUAUGUACAAACAAAUCUUCAUGUCUUUCUCCUACUGGGACUACUUCAGAUUUCAUGUUUCAUGUUUGCUAGUCUUAGUUUUUAGUUUUUUCUUUUCUUUCAUCAAGGUAUCAUAUUUAUAUGUCAUGGAUAUGUAACUUCAACAAGACUUUUGGGCGUAUCUAGUAGUGUUGAGUUAUAUAAUUUUUUUGAAAGAAAAUUGGACAAUGAA